GUGAUUCUGCUUACAUGGGGGCACCUAGAGUAGUCACAUUCCUAGUGACAGAAAGUAGAAUGGUGGUUGCCAGGGGCUUGAAGUUGGAGCAAAAGGAGUGUUGUUUGAUGUGUAGUUUCAGUCUGGGAAGACGAAAAGAGGUCUGGAGAAAGAUGCAGUGCCACAGGGUGAAUGCGCUUAAUGCCCCUGAACUGGACACUUGAAAAUUGCUAACAUGUCAAUUUUAUGGCCUUUCUGGCGCCGACGAUCACCCCACAAGAAUAUGCCCCUUACGAAGGACUUCCUCCACCCAUCCCUGGAAGAGGCGAAGAGGAAGCACAAGAAGAAGAAGCACCUGGCACAGAGCCCCAGCUCCUGCUUCACAGGCAUGAAGUGCCUGGGAUCCGACACAGUCACUACCGUCUUGAGCCAUGUACAAACCGUAGUUUUGUGUGUUGGCUGCUCCACUGUCCUCUGCCAGCCCACGGGAGGAAAAGCGAGGCUUACAGAAGCAGGCUCCUCCAGACAGAUACAGCACUAAAAGCACCC